AUGUCCACACCACAUGUCUGGGAUGCUCCAAGCUCAGCUGUGUCCCUUGGUGGCACCACGGCACUGCCACACUGCGAGUUCAGGAUGCUUCGGGCUCAGCCACGUCCCUGUGUCCCUUGGUGGCACCGUGGCACAGCCACUCUGCAGUGUCCCCGUGGCACAGCCACACCGUGUGUCUGGGAUGCUCCAUGCUCAGCCGUGUCCCUCAGUGUCACCGUGGCCCGCUGCUCCGGCUCCCCGGGGGCUUCGCGGGCCGUUGUUCCCUGUCCCCAGGCAGAGCACCCCUGCCCUUUCGGGAGCAGCUGCCGCCUCGGGGACAGCAGGGUGGCCGGUGGCACCGGGCCAGCGAGGGGCCACGUGCCCGGCCCGCCAGGCACACCGGGGGGGGACCGGCUCCCUGCGCGGGCUGCCGGAGCCAGACAGUUGUUUAAUUUCCCAGGCGCAGGGCGGGAGGGGGAUGGAAACUUUCCCGGGGCUGCCGGGGCCGGGACGGCCGCGCGCUUCCUGCUCCGCACCGGGGGCGCCGGGGCCUCGCCGCCCGCCCGGGGGUCCCACCGGGCCAUGCUGCCCAGCGCGCCCCGCUCGCCGGGGGCUUCUCCGGCCACGUCCCCCCGCGCUUCCCCCCGCAAUUCUCCCGUGCUCUUCAGGAAGCUCCUGAUGAACCAGAGCAUCCGCCUGCAGCGGCGCUUCACCGUGGCGCAUCCCCUCUGCUUUGACCUGGAGAAUGGCCCCCCCGGCCGGGGCGCCCUGGACCCCCAGGCCAGCCCGGGCGCGGGGCUGGUCCUGCAGGGCUCCUUCUCGCACGGCCAGCGCCGCGAGUCCUUCCUGUACCGCUCCGACAGCGACUACGACCUGUCCCCAAAAGCCAUGUCCCGCAACUCCUCCAUCGCCAGCGACCUGCAUGGAGAAGACAUGAUCGUCACACCCUUUGCCCAGGUCCUGGCCAGCCUCCGCACCGUCCGCAGCAACCUGAGCCACCUGCAGGACCGCGCUGGCAUCAAGCGAGGAUCGAGCAGCAGCCUGCCCUCGGGGAGCAAGGCCAGCCUCUCCGCAGAAGAUGCCCACCAGAAGCUGUCGAGGGAGACCCUGGAGGAGCUGGAUUGGUGCUUGGACCAGCUGGAGACGCUGCAGACCAGGCACUCGGUCAGCGAGAUGGCCUCCAACAAGUUCAAGCGGAUGCUGAACCGGGAGCUGUCGCACCUGUCGGAGACCAGCCGCUCUGGGAACCAGGUGUCCGAGUACAUCUCCAGCACCUUCCUGGACAAGCAGCACGAGGUGGAGAUCCCCUCGUCGCUGGCCAAGGACAAGGAGAAGGAGCGGAGGAAGCGGCCCAUGUCCCAGAUCAGCGGCGUCAGGAAGCUCAAGCACAGCUCCAGCCUGGCGGCCGCCGGCAUCCCCCGCUUCGGGGUGCGCACGGAGCACGAGGCGCUGCUGGCCAAGGAGCUGGAGGACACCAACAAGUGGGGGCUGGACGUGUUCAAAGUGGCCGAGUACUCGGGGAACCGCCCGCUGACCGUCAUCAUGUACAGCAUCUUCCAGGAGCGGGACCUGAUGAAGACGUUCCGCAUCCCCGUCAACACCUUCAUCACCUACAUGCUGACGCUGGAGGAUCACUACCACGCCGACGUGGCCUACCACAACAGCCUGCACGCCGCCGACGUGGCGCAGUCCACGCACGUCCUGCUCUCCACACCUGCGCUGGAGGCUGUCUUCACGGACCUGGAGAUCAUGGCUGCCAUCUUCGCAAGUGCCAUCCAUGACGUUGACCACCCCGGGGUCUCCAACCAGUUCCUCAUCAACACCAACUCAGAGUUGGCCCUGAUGUACAACGACGCUUCGGUGCUGGAGAAUCACCACCUGGCCGUGGGCUUCAAGCUCCUGCAGGAGGAGAACUGUGACAUCUUCCAGAACCUGAGCAGGAAGCAGAGGCAGACGCUCCGUAAAAUGGUCAUCGACAUGGUGCUGGCCACAGACAUGUCCAAGCACAUGAACCUGCUGGCGGAUCUGAAGACCAUGGUGGAGACCAAGAAGGUGACCAGCCUGGGGGUGCUGCUGCUGGACAACUACUCUGACCGGAUCCAGGUCCUGCAGAACAUGGUGCACUGCGCCGACCUCAGCAACCCCACGAAGCCUCUGGAGCUGUACCGGCAGUGGACCGACCGCAUCAUGGUGGAGUUCUUCCACCAGGGGGACCGGGAGCGGGAGAAGGGCAUGGAGAUCAGCCCCAUGUGCGACAAGCACACCGCCUCCGUGGAGAAAUCCCAGGUGGGGUUCAUCGACUUCAUCGCCCACCCGCUGUGGGAGACCUGGGCCGACCUGGUGCACCCGGACGCGCAGGAGCUGCUGGACACGCUGGAGGACAACCGGGAGUGGUACCAGAGCAUGAUCCCGCGCAGCCCCUCGCCUCCGCCCCAGGCACCCUCCGCGUCUCCCGCCGCCACCGACAAGUUCCAGUUCGAGCUGACGCUGGAGGAGGAGGAGGAGGAGGAGGAGGAGGAGGGUGAGUCGGACACGGAGCUGGAGGGGGCCGAGAGCCCCCUGGACGAGGACAACAGCGGCUCCAAGACGCCGGGCACGGAUGAGUCGGAGUCUGCCGACACCAAGCGCCUCUCCCCCGGCCCCGGGGAGCGCGACUCGCCCGUGCCCCGCCCCAGGGACGUGGACAACCGGCAGGCGCUGGAGGGGACGCUGCCGAAGGACGGGGGCAGCGGGUGCUCCGUUCCAGGGCCCGAGGGCAGCCAGGGGCUGUGCCUGGACACAGAGGGAAAUGUCACAUUCCUGUCCCUGGGCACGUAGCGGCACCGCCCCGGGGGACGUGGGACUGGGCACUGCCCUGAGCAG